GGGGACGAGUCCCGUGGCCUGCGCCGGGACGCGGACGCGGCCGGGUGCGGCUGGGCCAUGCUGCCUUUGUGCCACGCCGGGCGGGUGGCGCGCGGUGCGCAGGGUCCCGGCGUCCCCGCGAGCGCGCGCGGCGGGGGCCGCUGCUGAGCGGCGGAGGGAGCCAGGUCUCGCUCGGCUGCAGGGUAAGACCAGCUGUGCGCAGGAACUCCUGUUCUUCACUUCCCGGGAGCGAGAGCUUUGUAAAUGGACUCUGACAUGGACUACGAACGACCCAACGUUGAGACCAUCAAGUGCGUGGUCGUGGGCGACAACGCCGUAGGGAAGACGCGCCUCAUCUGUGCCCGGGCCUGCAACACCACCCUGACACAGUACCAGCUGCUGGCCACCCAUGUGCCCACCGUGUGGGCCAUUGAUCAGUACCGUGUCUGCCAGGAGGUCCUGGAGCGGUCCAGGGAUGUCGUCGAUGAAGUGAGCAUCUCCCUCAGGCUUUGGGACACGUUUGGAGAUCACCACAAAGACAGGCGGUUCGCAUAUGGCAGGAUGUUUUGACAGUUUCCCCCACAUAACAUCUGUACUUAAAGAAGCUUCACUGCUCUUGGUCCGAUGUUGUGGUCCUCUGCUUUAGCAUCGCGAACCCCAACUCCCUAAAUCAUGUGAAAACCAUGUGGUAUCAAGAAAUCAAGCACUUUUGCCCUCGAACGCCCGUCGUCCUGGUUGGCUGCCAGCUAGACCUCCGCUACGCCGACCUGGAGGCUGUUAACCGGGCCAGACGCCCCUUAGCAAGGCCCAUAAAGAGAGGUGACAUUUUGCCCCCAGAAAAAGGCCGCGAGGUGGCGAAGGAACUUGGCAUCCCGUACUACGAGACCAGCGUGUUUGACCAGUUUGGCAUCAAGGACGUGUUCGACAAUGCCAUCCGAGCAGCCCUCAUCUCCCGCCGGCACCUGCAGUUCUGGAAAUCCCACUUGAAAAAAGUCCAGAAGCCUCUGCUUCAGGCGCCCUUCCUACCUCCGAAAGCUCCUCCCCCGGUCAUCAAGGUCCCCGAGUGUCCGUCUGCGGGGACCAGCGAUGCUGCCUGUUUACUGGACAACCCCCUGUGCGCCGACGUCCUCUUCGUUCUCCAUGACGAGGAGCACAUCUUUGCGCACCGCAUUUACCUCGCUACCUCUUCUUCCAAAUUCUACGACCUUUUUUUAAUGGAGUGUGAAGAAUCCCCUUGUUGGGGUGGAGGAGCUGGUGAGGAGGUGCCGUGCAGGGAUUUUCAGGGGCGGACGCAGAGUCUUGGAUCAGCCGAGGAAGGGAAGGAGGGCCCCCAGAGGACCCCUCAGGCUGACCCAGGAGCGUCUUCAGGCCAGGACCUGCCUGAGAGUUUGGCUUUGCAGAUGGAAGCCUCGGGUUCCGAGGGACACGCCCUGUCCGGCUGGAGCAAGGGGUUUGUCAGCAUGCACAGGGAGGUGCGGGUCAACCCCAUUUCCAAGCGGGUGGGCCCAGUGACCGUGGUCAGGCUGGACCCAUCGAUGCAGUCAGGCCCUUUCCGGACCCUGCUGAGAUUCCUCUACUCUGGGCAGCUGGACGAAAAGGAAAAAGAUCUGCUGGGGCUGGCUCAGAUGGCCGAGGUCCUGGAGAUGUUUGAUCUGAGGAUGAUGGUAGAGAAUAUCAUGAACAAGGAGGCUUUUAUGAACCAGGAGAUCACGAAAGCCUUCCACGUCCGGAAAGCCAAUCGGAUCAAAGAAUGUCUCAGCAAGGGCACCUUCUCAGACGUGACAUUUACCUUGGAUGACGGAGCCAUCAGCGCCCACAAGCCGCUGCUGAUCUGUAGCUGCGAAUGGAUGGCGGCCAUGUUCGGGGGUUCCUUUGUGGAAAGCGCCAACCGUGAGGUUCACCUCCCAAAUAUAAACAAGAUGUCGAUGCAGGCGGUGUUGGAAUACCUCUACACCAAGCAGUUGUCACCCAACUUGGACCUGGACCCCCUGGAGUUAAUUGCCUUGGCAAACAGAUUUUGCCUGACACACUUGGUUGCUCUCGUAGAGCAGCAUGCUGUCCAGGAGCUCACCAAGGCCGCUGUCAGUGGUGUGAGCAUCGAUGGUGAAGUUCUCUCCUACUUGGAGCUGGCACAGUUUCACAAUGCCAAUCAGCUAGCUGCCUGGUGUUUGCAUCACAUCUGCACCAACUACAACAGCGUCUGUUCCAAGUUCCGCAAGGAAAUCAAAUCCAAGUCAGCAGACAACCAGGAGUACUUUGAGCGGCACCGCUGGCCCCCUGUGUGGUACCUGAAGGAGGAAGACCACUACCAGCGUGUGAAGAGGGAACGAGAGAAAGAGGACCUGGCGCUGAACAAGCACCAUUCAAGGAGAAAGUGGUGUUUCUGGCAUUCGUCCCCAGCUGUCGCCUGAGGAGGAGAGAGGGGACCGUCACCCGCUAAGGGCCACCUCCACUGUUGACAGCUCUACUAUAAAAACCAGUCUCCUUAGCCAUCCGCACAGUUGGGUCUGGGGCCCUGGCUUUUCCACUCGUGUGCAUUUACCUCCACCAGGAUCAAAGCACAAGCCCUGCCACCAAUGAGCAGGGACAUAAAAGGAAAGCUGACUGACUCUGAAGUCCUUCAACCAGAAUGUCCUUUUGGUUUUUUUCUUUCUUGGUUAGGAAGCUACUACACUUCAGUCCGUUACUUUGUUCCUUUUGAUACAAAGAAAAAAAAACAAAAUCCAGCUUUCGUGUCUCAGAUUCCAGAUUGGAGAAUAUUUUUCUAUGGACUCUUGUAUUUCACUGAGGUGACAAUACUGUGUAUUACUUUAUUUUAUAGGCCACACAUUGACCACGAAGCUGCCCCCCCCCCCGUGACUCUUUCAGCCCACGUGACCACUGAGCAUCACUCAUAAUUACAGAGUUAUCCUUUCGUUGGGAGGUAAAGGGUUGAGCUGAAGAGGCCUGAAGUAUUCAAGCUAGAAGCGCUUAAUCUUUGCUCUGAUGAGCCACGUUGGUAUAAUUAUGUAUUUACAGGAUCUCCUUUUUAAGUGCUAGUAAUUACAUGGUUAUCCGUGCCAUAUAGCUACAGUGAGGGCAAAUAUCCUACUGUUUAAGAGGUCUAGAUUCAAAGAGGACAAUCCUUACAAUCAUUACAAGGGCUUAUUCCACCCCAAUCCUAUCAGGGGCAUGACUGACUGCCGGACCCGGGUCCCUACAACGCCAUUCGAGUCCUACCAUUGGAUAACUAUGUCAGGGUUGGUGACUUAAAAGUGCUCUGUGGUUUUGCUGUGCCUUCACCAGCAAACCGUCCUAGGGCCUGAACAGAGAUAAGGGAAAGGGAAAAGGCUCAUCCCACUGUCUUCAGGUCAAUCACCUCGGCCUCACACCUGAGGCCAACUUCACUUUGUAAGACAAGUUGUUGUUGUUGUUGUUGUUGUUGUUGUUGUUGUUCUUUUUGUUUUUUUAACUCUUCCCAGGGAAAAUUCAGGUCACCACUAAAGUAGGCCAAGGCAGACCACCUGCUUCUCCACUCGGUCUCACCACAGAGCCUGUGAAAGCACAAAGCUAGGGGCCAGGUCCUGCCUUCUCCAAGCAGGGAAAGGAGCCAAAUCCUAAGAGUGUGGGGAAUGGUGCUAUUAUGUGGUAAUUCUGACCCCGGGUCCCUUGGGAAGAUCAGUGUUAGAACAGAACUUGCAAAGCAGGGGAGCUCUCAAGCGGCAUCAACGUCAUUGCCUCUCUGCAGAUAAAAUGUUACAGUAUAAUAUACACGUGUGUGCACACACACACACACACACACACAAUCAUCAGAGAGUCACAGCUCCACACCUGCCACGGGAUGUCGUGUGCUGGACACCGGGGCCCAUUCUGUUGAGAGGUCACCUUACUGAUGCUAAGGGCUAUUGAUUUUUGUUUGUUUGUUUGUUUGUUUGUUUUUGUUUGGGGGAGGGAGUUUCUGAAGACAGGAAAGAGUCAGUUGAGUCCAAAUGCCAUAUGGAUUUGAAAAGCUGUGUAGACCACAGGCAGGCGUUUUGUUUCUGGCAUGGCCACAUACCAGAUACAAGAGCUUAGAAAGACCCAGGAAGGCAUCACCCUCUUGUGGCAGAGAGGGAGCCGCAGGGGAAGGGGGGCGGGGAGGGGGACAGCUUAUCAAGCCUUCCCCCUUAACUUUGUUAAUAGGGCAAAUGGCUGACGGAAAGAGAAGGUGGGUGGAAGGAAAGAGUACACGUCAAGACUUGAGGAGAAGGAACAUAUAGCCACCUAGAGGUUCUGUUUUCAGUGAGUAGGCCUAGUUGAACUUCAACAACCAAAGCUCCAUCCGCUUGUACUCUUGCCAAAACACAACAGACACAUACAUGAACAUGGGACGAAAGCAAUAAUAUCCUCUCGUGUUCUUCACAGCUGCUGGAACCAAGUGGCUGGUUCAUUUGGUUGACACUGAUCCGCCUUUAACCACGAUGGUUCGUUUUGUGUUUGUUUGUUUUUUUAAUUUCACAGAAAGCAAAUAAAAUUGUUUAGCUAUAAAAAAAAA